AAACGACGACGUAACAUAAGUGUAUCGUUUUGCAUAAAAGCCGUAAAAGUGAGAGAGAGAUGGGGAAUCUUUGAGCGAUUCGUCUUCCUCCUCUAUCGCCUCUACUCUCCACCGGCACUGUGAUCUCGCCGGAAUAUUCCCCCUUUUUUAAUACUCUACUCCUCCGUCUUCACUCUCUCCCUCCUUCGAUCUUCUCUCUAUUGAUCGCCUCCGUCUUCCCCAACGAUAAUUUCAAUCAUAAUUAUUCAUAAUCGUGUUUCUUCCAUAAUUGUGAUCGAUGGAUGAUUAUUUUAGCGCCGAGGAAGAGGAUUGCUAUUACUCCUCCGAUCAAGAGUCUUUGGACGGAAUUGAUAAUGAAGAGUCUGAAUUGCAUCCUGUGUCGUCCAAAAAAUCAAACACUCAGGUCAUCACUCAGGAAUCGCUUCUAGCAGCACAGAGAGAAGAUUUGCUAAGGGUGAUGGAUUUGCUAUCGAUUAAGGAGCACCAUGCGCGGACUCUUCUUAUUCAUUACCAGUGGGAUGUGGAGAAGUUGUUUGCUGUGUUUGUUGAGAAAGGAAAAGAUAGCUUGUUUUCUGGAGCUGGUGUCACCGUGUUCGACUGUCAAUAUGGCAACUCUUCCUUUUCUCGCUCUACGCAGAUGAGUUGUGAUGUCUGCAUAGAGGAUGUACCUGGUGAUCAGAUGACAAGAAUGGACUGUGGCCAUUGCUAUUGCAAUAAUUGUGAGUCCAUGUUGCUAAAAUAUGUGGUUUGUUUGUUAUCGCAAAGGUUAAUACAUUUCUUGUUUGGUUUAGGUUGGACGGAGCAUUUUACUGUGCAGAUAAAUGAAGGUCAGAGCAAAAGGAUUAGAUGCAUGGCUCACCAAUGCAAUGCUAUUUGUGAUGAAGAUAUUGUCAGGAAUCUUGUCAGUAAAAAGCGUCCUGAUCUAGCUGAGAAGUUUGAUCGUUUCCUUCUUGAGUCGUACAUCGAAGACAACAAAAUGGUCAAGUGGUGUCCUAGCACUCCCCAUUGUGGGAAUGCUAUACGAGCGGAGGAUGACAAGUUGUGCGAAGUUGAAUGUUCCUGUGGUCUUCAGUUCUGUUUCAGUUGUCUGUGUCAAGCCCACUCCCCUUGCUCUUGUUUGAUGUGGGAGUUAUGGAGAAAGAAGUGUCGAGAUGAGUCUGAGACUAUUAAUUGGAUAACCGUCCACACAAAGCUGUGUCCCAAAUGUUAUAAACCCGUGGAAAAGAAUGGUGGAUGCAAUCUCGUAAGGUGUAUUUGUGGGCAGUGUUUCUGUUGGCUAUGUGGUGGAGCUACUGGAAGUGAUCACACUUAUAGGAGUAUUGCUGGUCACAGUUGUGGUCGGUACCAAGAUGACAAAGAGAAGCAGAUGGAAAGAGCGAAGAGGGAUUUAGACAGGUAUACGCAUUAUCAUCACCGAUACAAAGCGCAUACGGAUUCAUCAAAGCUAGAAGAUAAACUUAGGGACACUAUCCAUGAGAAAGUGUCGAAAUCAGAAAAGAGGGAGUUGAAGCUUAAAGACUUCAGUUGGGUCACCAAUGGACUCGACCGGUUAUUCAGAUCAAGGCGGGUUCUUUCAUAUUCGUAUGCUUUUGCAUAUUACAUGUUUGGGGAAGAGCUGUUCAAAGAUGAGAUGACCCCUGAGGAGAGAGAGAUGAAGAAGAAUUUGUUUGAGGAUCAGCAGCAACAACUUGAAAGUAAUGUGGAGAAACUUUCCCAGUUCCUUGAGGAGCCCUUUGAUGAAUUUAGUGAUGAUAAAGUUAUGGCGAUAAGGAUUCAAAUCAUCAAUUUGUCUGUUGCGGUCGAUACGCUCUGCAAGAAAAUGUACGAGUGCAUUGAGAAUGACUUACUCGGAUCUCUCCAACUUGGCAUCCACAACAUCUCACCUUACAGAUCAAAGGGAAUUGAACAAGCAGCUCAGUUUUAUGCAUCCUGGAAUUCCAAAGGUGCUGACAAAUUCCUACCUUUGGAUAGUGGUACAAGCGGAGUGACAUCGAGGCCUGAGCAAGGUUCAGGAUCAAGGAGCUCGGAAGACACCAUUUGCUCAUCUUCACAGAAACGUCCCAAAAAAGAAGGAAGUUUCUUAAACAACAAAGCCACUUUAUUGGAUUUGAACUUGCCAGCUGAUUUCAUCGACCCGAACUGAACUCAAAUCCUCUCUUGCUUUGUCCAAAUGAUAUGGCUUAGCAAAAGGUGUUUGGCUAUAUAUCUAUCACCUUCAAGAUUCGUGACUCUGACUGAUUAAUUUGUCUUUCUUAUAGUUUUUUGGUUUACGUACAACUAUAAUUAUGACCUAUUUUUUGCUUCUUUAGUUCUAGACUUCUAAAUACAUAGAUCUUUGAUUCAGCCUAUUAAGUAUUAAUUGUGGUACUUCUCAAUGCCUUUGAGGUCAAAAUAGUUAAAUUUAUUAGUCCC